CCCGGCCCAAAAUGGAAACGUGUGCACCACGCCUAUAUAUAUAAAUAUGUAUGUAUGUAUAACCCUUUACGAAGACCUUCGAACGACGCAGAACCCUCGUGAAUUUCUGUAUCAUCUCAACAAGUGUCUGGUGGGUUUUGUACGAGGUUCGUUCGUUUUUGCGAGAAAUUGUCGCCAUUGUUGAUUUGACUGGGAAACCUUGUGGUUAGGAGUUUUUUGGUUUUCUUGAAAUAACUGUUAAGGAAGUUGCGUUGGUGGAUUUUGGAUGAUAUGUGGUUUAGUAGGAGGCUGCUGUGGAGGGAAAUUCUUUUCCAGAAACAUGUUAAGAUUAAGAAGAGUAAUCGAACGAAUUUGAAGUCGAAACCUAAUGGUAUCGAUGGUGGAAGCUUAAAGAAGCGAAAAAUGGUGCUGAGAGGGGAAGCUAGGGUUAGGAAGAAACAGAGAAUUGGGGGAAAUGCUCCAGUGGAUGAUAGAAAUUCUGAUGUAGCUGUAGAUAAGUUUUCUGAACUUCCAGAUGUGAUCAUCCACCAUAUUUUCUCGUAUAUUCAUAGCACCAAGGAUAUUGUGCGGAACAGCAUUUUGUCGAAGAGGUGGAAAAAUGUUGUUGAUUCGUACCCACUAUUGGAUUUUGAUGAAAGGUUGUUCAUGUUGCGGCAAGGUAAGGUUAAAGGAAGGCACAAUCGAAUUAAAUUGCGGCAGAUUCAAAGAAAGAGUUUCAGAAGAUAUGUUGAGAGGUCAUUAGCAUCAAAACUCGAUUUGAUUCCUUGCAUAGACAAGGUCCGGGUGUACGCUAAAAUUUGUUGCUACAAGAACGUAAAUUUGUAUGAACGUUGGGUUCGAUCUGUCUUGGAGAAGAAUGUGAAGGAGUUGGAAGUCCAUUUUGAUUCAACUGCCAAACAUCUUUUCUUCAUAAAGGAUGUGCUUAAGUCUGCAUCGGUAACUUCCUUGAAAUUUUCGGGAUUAUUUGGUGUCGCUGAGAUGGCUAAUCUGCGUCAACUUUCACUGAAAGAUACAAAUAUAGUCAAUGAGUUAUUUUUCAAGAAAUUUGAAGAAAAAUGCCCAUUGAUAGAGGAUUUGAGGAUUAUCCGUUGCAGCGGAUUUCUAGAGCUAGAUAUUUGUACUCUUUUCAGGCUUAAGAGGGUGGAGGUGCACGAGUGUACCAAUCUUCUUUCCAUUAGAAUUGAGGCAGAAAACCUUGAAACAUUUUGGUAUUAUGGAGGAAGACAUCAGUCCUACUCCUGCUUUAUCAACCUAAAAGGUUCGGGAAAUUUGAAGAAUUUGACAUUAAGGGACCGUAGGAUGACAGAAACUGCAUUUCAAGAUUGCAUUUCUAAGUGCCCCUUGCUCGAGAAGUUGGUGCUUCAGGAAUGUGAUGCCCUGGAGAGACUUUCAAUUCUGAGUAGUACAUUGAAGAGCUUGACCUUAGUUCAGUGUGCCAAUCUACGUGAACCCAAUAUCGAUGCUCCUAAUCUCUACUCCUUCGAGUACCGUGGCCAUAGAAUGUCUUUUCCUUCCAUGAAUGUAUUGGGUAUCCGCUCGGCAAAGUGUUGUUUUGCUCCCGCUCCCAGUAUGACAACAUCUCAAUGCUUUUUCGAUUAUCAUAAGCUUUUUGGAAAGUUUGAUCAGUCUAAGGAUUUUAAAUUGAUCAUUUACAGCAAGCAGAGUAUGAAGAUUUAUGAAGAAGCAAAGGAGGCCUGCCAAGUGCCGCACGUUUUUCGCAAGUUGGAACUGACAUUGUCGGUAGCAAGUGUUUUGAAAAUCGUUGAUAACUGGUUGCGGGAAGACCAUGGGAAGGUUCUCAUGGUAGUAGCUCCCAGAAGUGAAUUGACAAAGGGGUUAAACUCACUGAUUGCGGACAGGGAAAAUAAUCCAAACUGCUGUGGAGCUUAUUCGAACAAAUGUUGGCGACAUUACUUAGCUGAUGUUAAAACAUUAACCUCUACCAGGGCACACAAGACCUAUUAUCAGUUUAAAUGGAAAUCAAGGAAUGGAUCUUUAGCAUGAACUGCCGUUUGUUUUAGGGCAGAUAUGAUGAUCCAAAAAGAUACAGAUUCUAUUGAAAUGAAUGUCUGCAACUUUACAUGUCUAAUAUCAAAAACGAUUGUUGUUUUUCA